AGACACAGCUACUUGACAGUAUCACUGAUUUAUUCCUUGCUGGGACGGAUACCUCUUCAACGACAAUUAAAUGGCUUUUGGUUACUAUGGCCAACUACCAGGACGUACAAAAAAGGGUCAGGGCCGAAAUCAAUGACAUUUUGGGAGAUGGUAGAUAACCAGUCAUGACAGACAAACAGAAUAUGCCAUUUACAGAGGCGACGAUCUUAGAAGUAAUGAGAACACAACCUAUAGCACCAUUAGUGAAUUCUAGACACAGUUCAGACCAACCUACCCAGUUCAAGGGUUAUGUGCUGCCCCCUAGAACUAUGAUCAUUGCAAACAUGUAUGCGCUGAUGAAUGAUCCCGACCACUGGGUUGAUCCUGAAAUAUUCAACCCUUUACGAUUCAUCGGAGAAGAUGGCAAAGUUAUUAAAGAUAGCUACAUGUUGCCUUUUUCAAUUGGCAAGCGCCAGUGUCCAGGGGAGCCUUUGGCGAGAAUGGAACUCUUCCUAUUCUUUGUUGGUAUCUUGCAGAAGUUCAGAAUUGAGAUACCACCAGGAAGAGAAGCUCCGUUGAAGGUGGAGCUUGGAAAUGGAAUGAAUGCACCUGUUGAAUCUGAUCUUUGUUUUAUAAGGGACUAGAGACACUUGCUACUCUGUUUUCCCUCCCACUAUAUUACAGGUUUAGCCAAAAGUGUAACCCGAGCAAAUGUCUUCCAACAUGGAUUUGAACUCAUAGUUGGAAGAAGUAAACCUUGUUCAUUCUACUAAGUUUC